AUGACACCCACACCUCCCUCGACGAAUUCCUCACAUUAUGGUGCUUCUCCGGACCAGUUCAAGGUUGUUCGGAAACGAAAUCGAGUUCCCUUAUCAUGCGCGCCUUGUCGGCAUCGAAAGUUGAAGUGCAAUCGACAAUCGCCGUGCGACAACUGCACAAAGCGUGGCGACAGCACCUCGUGCGCAUAUGCUGCUCCGGUUCCCCGGAAAAGGGGGAGUCAGAGUCAGAGUGCCGCAAAUGCGACUCCUGAUGAUAUGCAAAAUCGAAUAGACAGGCUCGAAGGCCUAGUUUUGUCGCUGAUGACUAAUGGCGCGCAAGCGCCUGGUCCGGCUGCAGCAGAACAGGUGCUGUCUGCCGACCCUACUGCUCUCGGAAGUGGCUCGCGUCGAUCGAACCUGGACAAUGACCUGGACGAGACGACGAUGAUGGACGAUGCGGACGGACAGGAGCCUGAAAGUGAGACUGAUGGGGUGACAAAGAGUUUCGGGAUACUGAAAGUCGACGCUGAUCAGCAAAAGACUUUCUACAUAGGCGAGGCUCAUUGGGCUGUUUUGCUGAAUGAGAUUGGCGAAGUGAAGAACUACUUCGUCGCUCACAAGAAGGAGUACGAAGCUCAGAUGGAGAAAGUCGAACAGGCCAGGAAGUCUAUGGGCACCGAUGUCGGUUCCGGUCCAGCGCUGCUGUUUGGCUCGACUAUUCCUCCCAGCCGGCCCGAGAUCUUCGCUCAAAUACCUUCUCGAUACAUGUGUGACAUCCUCAUCGGACGAUAUUUCAACACCUUCGACCCUGGCACACACAUCCUACACGGUCCGACGUUCCAGCGUCAGUACAACCAGCACUGGGCUGACCCUUCCAAAAGCUCCAUUGUCUGGGUGGCUAUGUUAUUCGCAAUGAUGCGGCUUGCAAUGUUAUCAUACGGCCGCGAGGGAGACGAGCCGCCCGAGUUUCGAGGCAAAUCGCAAGACCUUGCAGUCAACUAUCGCACGCAGAUGGCGCAUUGUCUCAUCACGGCGGACUACACGAAGCCGCACAACCACCUCAUCGAAACGUUGAUCUUCCAUCUGCACGCGGAAUAUACUUCGAAUCGAGACGCCGAAGCCAGCGUAUGGGUACUGGUGGGCAUGAUUGCGCGACUCGCCAUGCGCAUGGGCUAUCACCGGGAUGCAAAGUUCUUUCCCAACUUGAGUCCUUUCCAAGGGGAGAUGCGAAGGCGGAUCUGGACUUUCGUGAGGGGUGCAGACCUGCUAUUCUCGUUUCAGGUGGCACUGCCCUCGAUGAUCCGCAUCGGGGACUCAGAUACUGACCUACCGCGGAACAUCUAUGAUGACGAAUUCGACGAAGACUCAACAUCGCUCCCGCCCGCUCGGCCAGCUUCCGAGGCGACUCCAGUCUCGUAUAUGAUAGCCAAGGGGCGCUUGGCGUUCGGCUUUGGACGGGUGUUGGAGGAAGUCAAUGGGGUCAACCGCAAGGGAUACGAUGAGAUUCUCAAAAUCGACAGCGGUCUGAGAGAAAUUUACGGAAGCAUUCCCGAACACCUGAAGCUUCGUCCGAUGGCCGAGCAAACGCUGGCCCCAAUUUCACUGAUCAUGGCAAGAUUCAGUCUGGCGACCGUGUACCACAAGUCGCAGUGCGUGCUUCAUCGAAGAUUCCUGCGGCUCGCCAGGCAUGGCAACCGUUACAUGCACUCGCGAAGGACCUGUUUGGACUCGGCCAUGCAGCUUCUGAGCUUCCAGGUGACUCAGCACCAGCAGAGUCAAGAACGGGGUCGCUUGAGGAGUUUACGCAACCACAUCAACUCCCUCACGGCACACGACUAUCUGUUGGCUGCAACGGUGAUAUGCAAGGACCUCUAUCACCAUCGCGAGCGACCUGACCAUGAUGUGAGCACCCCCAGCACCUCGAUCAGUGGCGGCAGCAUCAGCCAGGAGAGUAACUCCUCUGACGGCGCUUACAUCCCCGGGCUCAGCUACACUCGCGAAGACCUUAUUCGCGCGUUGGAGGAUAGCAGAGACGUAUGGAUGGCGAAUCGGGAUUUUAGCAUGGAAGCGUACAAGGCAAGUGAGCUGCUGAGCGUGCUCUUGUACCACCUCAAAUUGCCAUACUCUCCCAGCAAUCCACAGCAUCCGCAGGUCUCUACGGGCAGUCGACCAACCCCCGGAUCAAGCAACGAUGAACAGACGGCGGCAAUGACACUGGGCAUGCUACAAGCGGGCGGGGCGAAUAGCACGGGACAGGGAGUUAAUGUUGCAUCGGCAGCACCACCGGGAGGACAAUGGGACAAGACGGCAUUCACCCCAGGAUUGGCACCUGGUGGAGAUGCCGUCAGCAGCGGAGUGUUUGGAUCAGGUGUGACGAACGAGCCCAGCCCUUUCCCAGCGGGAUUCUUUGGGGGAGCACUUGGCGAGCUGGGUCAAGGCAUGAAUCUGGACUGGGAAGUAUGGGAUCAAUAUAUGCAGCCAUUGAGCAUGCAGCUUGAUCCAGCAGCGAACUUGUGGUCGACCAAUUCACCGAGCGCCAAUCUGUUCACUCAGACGUCGUCACCGGACGGCGUCACAGACGGCACUCUUGGUGCGGCGGCAUCGAAUCUGUACGCGCAGAACAUCGGCGGCAUGACAGGAGGACCUCCAGAAAUGUCAAAGCCGGAGAACCAGAUGCCGCAUUUGAGCACGACAUCGACGACGACCAGUAACGAUAAUAGUGCCGGGGAGGUUUUCAUGGGUGUGCAGUCGCCGCAGCCGGGAGGGAAUCCUGAUUGGAGAUGGACGGUGAUGAGCGAAAAGAAAUGA